CUUUGUUUGGCCAAACGAGUUUUACUUAAAGUUUAGACCUUGAGUUUUUCUGCGAUACAAAAAAGGGCAGCAAAAGGCUUUACGACGUUUAGGCGAGCAAGUCAUAAAAGCUUCCGUAGUACUUUUUUUGUGUCUUUCAGAGCAUGAACAUUGUUGGCCAAAGGCCGAUAGUGACAAGGACUCCUAUGAUAGUCCCGAAGUAGCAGCCAAAAAGAGAGUUUCAGAGAGACAAAGUAGAGCGAACGAGGAAGACAGAGAAAGAUGGGGGAGAGUUCCGGUUACAAGGAGUACGUGGCAGGCUUGGUCGCCGGUGUCGCCACUGUCAUCAUCGGCCACCCCUUUGACACAGUCAAGGUGAAGCUGCAAAAGCACAAUACUGAAGCUCAUGGGAUUACAUACAGGAGUGGUUUACAUUGCACAUCUAGGAUUUUGAAGACCGAAGGAAUUAGAGGACUUUAUAGAGGGGCAACCUCAUCUUUUGUUGGGGUGGCUUUUGAGAGUUCACUUCUUUUUGGCAUUUACUCCCAAACAAAGCAGUCACUGCAGGGAGGUGUACAAGGUGGUGGCCCACAACUCCAAGUGAUAAUUCCUUCUGCGGCUUACAGUGGAGCUCUUAUCAGUUUUGUAUUAUGUCCAUCAGAGCUGCUGAAGUGUAGGAUGCAAGUUCAAGGCACUGACUCUAUGGUUCCAAAGUCCAGUAGAUAUGGUAGUCCCCUUGAUUGUGCCCUCAAAACCAUAAAAACUGAAGGGGUUACAGGAAUCUUUCGCGGAGGUUGUACAACAUUGCUAAGAGAAUCUGCUGGCAAUGCAGUCUUUUUUAGUGUUUAUGAGUAUGUCCGGUAUUACAUGCAUUCACGACUAAAAGCUGCUUCAUCUUACCAUAGUCACUUGAUUGACAUGGGAAUUGGGAUUGUGAGUGGUGGCCUUGGUGGUGUAGCUUUUUGGUCUGCUGUUUUGCCCUUGGAUGUGGCAAAAACUAUAAUUCAGACUGCCCCAGAUAAAAGCUCUUCAAGGAAUCCUUUUCAAAUCUUGAGCUCAAUUUACAGGAGGGCUGGAUUUAAAGGAUGCUAUACAGGUUUGGGUCCUACCAUAGUUCGGGCAUUUCCCGCCAAUGCGGCUGCAAUCGUUACCUGGGAGCUAGCAAUAAAAAUUUUAGGCAUCAAGCAUGACUGAAGAGGUUAUUUUCAAUUACCACAUGCUUCAAUUUUUUUGUUCUCAUUCCCUAUAGCACAUCCACUGGUUGCUAUUUGGUAAGAUUUCACCCAGAAAAUUGUGGACACAGCCAGACCAUGGGAGUGCUGAUAUCUAAUAAAAAAAACUUCACUGGAUAUUUUUCGAAACAAGGCUCCACCAUCUUAUUUUGUAGUCCUUUAUUUAGUGGCUGGACUGAAAGGGGCGAUGUGUUUGAGUUAUUACAAUUCUUGGUUGACGGGCCUUUUGCUUCAUUUUUGGUUUAUCCGUUAAGGAUGGAUUGAAAGAUUUACUUUGUAGUCUACUAAGUCUAGUUGAAGAUGCUGGUCAUGAUGUUCAGUUGGAGUUAGAUUAGCUUGGUCUCACUAGAGAUUUUUCAAGACUAAUUGUAACGGUUCCUAAUUAUUGGCAUUUUUUGGAGUGCUGGGCUUUGGACAAGUUUGUGCUCAGGAAAUAUAGAAAUUAUUUUCAA